UUCAAAAGGAAAAAUAUAAUGUAAAAUUUUAGAAGUGCAGAUAAAGAACCUUCAGAAUAAUAUAUUGCCAUCUAUCCUUUGACAUUAUAAAAAGAAAAAGAAACCUUUCCUUAUAGUAGCAGAAGUAACAGAUCAAAAGUCACUCAUAAUUUAUCACCAUUAAUUUCACCACUCUUGGAGAUGGAUUAUGAAUUUAUUCCAGGAGGGAUACUGGCUUGUAGUUUGGCCUUAGUGUUUGGUCUGUACCAAUUUGCAGAGAAGAGGAAGGCCACAAAUCCAAGUUCAAUGCAUGUAAAGAGUAGUAAUGGGUGUGCAAAGACAACAUCAGAAAAUGGAAUAUGCCCACAAAAUGGUGAAGGAAGUACUGACAUCAUCAUUGUUGGUGCUGGAGUUGCUGGCGCAGCCCUUGCUUACACACUUGGAAAGGAUGGACGGCGAGUGCAUGUGAUUGAAAGGGACUUGAAUGAACCUGACAGGAUUGUUGGUGAAGUACUAAUACCUGGGGGCUAUCUCAAGUUAAUUGAGUUGGGUCUGGAGGAUUGUUUGGAUGAAAUUGAUGCUCAGCAAAUCUUUGGAUAUGCCUUUUAUAAGGAUGGGAAAGUUGCCAAGUUAUCUUAUCCUUUGGAAAAAUUUGAUUCUCAUGUUUCUGGGAAAAGCUUUCACAAUGGUCGUUUCAUACAGAGAAUGAGAAAAAAGGCUUUAUCUCUACCAAAUGUAAAAUUGGAACAAGGAACUGUUACAUCUCUAGUUGAAGAAAAAGGAACCAUAAAAGGGGUGCACUACAAAACCAAGAGUGGACAAGAACUCAUAGCAAAGGCUCCCCUCACCAUAGUGUGUGAUGGUUGUUUUUCCAACUUGAGGCGCUCUCUUUGCACCCCUAAGGUUGAAGUGCCCUCUCAUUUUGUUGCACUAGUCUUGGAGAACUGUAAUCUUCCAUAUGCAAAUCAUGGACACAUUAUCUUUGGUGAUCCUUCAACAAUUUUAAGUUAUCCCAUUAGUAGCACUGAGGUUCGCUGUUUUGUUGAAUUGCAUGGCCAAAAGUUACCUUCCAUUGGUAAUGGUGAAAUGGCCCUUUAUUUGAAAACUGUGGUAGCUUCCCAGGUUCCUCCUGAGUUGCAUACUUCUUUUAUAGCAGCAAUUGAUAAAGGAAAUAUGAGAACCAUGCCCAGUAGAUUCAUGCCUGCCUCACCUCAUCCCACACCUGGUGCCCUUUUGAUCGGAGACGCGUUCAAUAUGCGUCACCCUUUAACCGGAGGAGGAAUGACCGUGGCUUUGGCUGAUAUUGUUGUGUUGAGGAAUCUACUUAGACCUCUGCAUGAUUUGCACAAUGCUUCUGCUAUUUGCAAAUAUCUUGAAUCAUUCUACACUCUCCGCAAGCCUAUGGCAUCUACGAUAAACACAUUAGCUACAGCAUUGCCCAAGGUGUUUCGUGUAUCUCCUGACCCUGCUAUGAAGGAAUUGCAACAGGCAUUCCUUGAUUAUUUGAGCCUUGGAAGAGUUUUCUCAGAGGGACUAGCAUCUCUCCUCUCUGGACUAAAUCCUCGUCCAUUGAGCGUGGUUCUCCAUUUCUUCGCGGUGGCUAUAUAUGGCGUUGGCCGACUUCUGAAACCAUUUCCUUCUCCGAAACGAAUAUGGAUUGGAGCUAGGUUGAUUUCAGGUGCAGCUUGUAUCCUUUUCCCCAUUAUCAAGGCUGAAGGAUUAAGACAAAUGUUUUUCCCAGCAACUGUUCCAGCAUAUUACAGAAUGCCUCCUGUCCAUUAAGCAUAUUACAUGUAAAAUCAGUUCCCACAUUCUUUGUACCUGUAGUUUUCCACUAUUUGGAAAAAAGAAUAAGAUAGCAACUCCAUUCUAUGAUUACGAAAAAUGAUUUUGUACAACUGUAAAGUUUAAGGGGAAAAUAGGUUUUAAAUCCCAAACCAAUAUUCUUCCAUUCUUCAUAGUUCACAAAAUGAUAUGCUUUGUCUUCAUUGCAAGUUCACGGUUUCACAAAAUGAUAAAGGAAGAGAAGAAAAUACAUGGGGAAUUGUUGGAGAAAUUGUGUAGUGCAAGGGAGGUGAAGACUUGCUUUUGAGUUUCAGAAUUUGAGUGAUCGGUACUAAUUCUUAGGCACAAUGAAAAAUGUUAUUUCACCCUGAAAAAAACACUUGAGAAAUUCGAAAAAGUGAAAGAAUUCAAACUGUUUUGGAAACUAGACUAAAGACUCAGGGGUUGGAAAGUAACUGUAUGGGGAAACUUGACUCCAUUGCAAACAAUCAUCUUAAUUAAAAGGCAUAAUCGUCAAGUGGCAUUCCCUUGUAUUAA